AUGAACGGUGGAGGAAAGGUGGUUUGCGUCACCGGAGCUUCCGGUUACAUAGCUUCUUGGAUAGUCAAGCUUUUGCUCCUCCGUGGCUACACCGUCAGGGCCACCGUUCGAUACCCUAGGGAUAUAAAGAAAACAAAGCAUCUUUUUACACUCGAAGGUGCAGAUGAAAGACUAAAGUUGUUCAAAGCAGAUCUUUUGGAAGAAGGUUCUUUCCAACAAGCUAUAGAUGGAUGCGAUGGUGUCUUCCAUACUGCUUCUCCGGUUUCACUCACCGCUACAAUUCCUCAGGCUGAGCUAAUCGAGCCGGCGGUUAAAGGUACUAUGAACGUUUUGGAAACGUGUGCGAAAUUUUCUUCUGUGAAGAGAGUUAUCGUAACAUCUUCCACCGCCACAAUUCUUGGUUGUAAACCACCGUUUACACCAAAUGACGUGGUGGACGAAACCUUCUUCACUGAUCCAAAUUUCUGCUUGGAGAUGAAGCAAUGGUAUGCGUUGUCGAAGACUUUGGCUGAGGAUGCAGCAGUGCGAUUUUCGAAAGAAAAUGGGAUCGAUUUGAUCGUAAUGAAUCCAGGAAAUGUGAUUGGACCACUUUUGCAGCCAACUCUUAAUUACUCCGUUGGAGUGAUUGUGGAUCUGAUAAACGGUAAAACACCUGCCAAUAGUUUUUACUACAGGUUCAUGGACGUGAGAGAUGUUUCACUAGCUCAUAUCAAAGCGUUCGAGAUCCCUUCUGCUAACGGCAGAUAUAUAAAUGUUGAUCCAACUACAACAAUGAAAGACAUUAAGAAGCUUUUGCAUGUGCUCUUUCCUGAUUUGAAUGGAGAGAGUGAGAUGAAUGGAAUGGCAUACAAAGUGUGUGUGGAUAAAAUGAAGAGUGAAUUGGGAAUCAAGUUCACUCCUAUAGAAGCAACCCUCAGAGACACUAUUGCUAGUCUCAAAAAGAAGUGUCUUCUUAUAUGA